AUGAAGUGCAACGGUGCUGAGAAUACAGUCGAAGGUGAGCAGCCACCUGCGGCUGCUUCGAAUGACGUCCCAUGUGAGAAAGGAACUACGUCAAACGGCUCCAAAGAACCGAGUCCCUCACCGCAUCCAAAACCGUCCCCCAGCCUCAACGACUGCGUGGCUCAAUCGCUAGACAACAAUUCAUCUAAUAAUGAUACGAAGGUGGAGCCCAAGCUGGAGAGCUCGAGGCCGGGUUCAGCAUGUCCCGACGGUACACAAAGUAACGAGCCGUGGGGUAAUCAAAAGCAAGAAUACCCAUCGACGUCAACGCCGAGCGGCACGCAGACAACCCCAUCGAACGGACCUCAAAACACGCCUCAAGCGAGCCAGUCGUUCGUUUUCACAACGAACAUGGCGAACCAAGCUGCUGAGGCUGUCCUGUGCGCGCACUUCCCCUCAGUUGUUGCUUUCCACUGCGCACAGCCAUGCACACGGCAGUUGUUGGAGCGGAGACGAGCCAUGAUGGGCGCGAUGGGUCCCGGUUGGGGUCCUGGAGGUCCCAUGCCGGGUGGGCCGAUGGGCGGUUCGCCCAAUCAACCAGGUUACAUGAACAAUCACUUCCCUCCGGGUAACUUCCAAGGUCCAAUGAAUGGCCCACCAUUUGGAAUGCCGGGCGCUAAUGGACCCCGCGGAAUGAACGCAAUGGGUCCCGGUGGCCCCAUGGUCCCUGGUAAUUCACCUAUGAACGCACCGUUCCCUAUGGGUGGACCAUCGUCGAUGGGUUCGCACGGACCCAUGGGUCCAGGGGGUCCCGGUGGACCCGGAGGGCCGGGGGGUCCCAUGGGACACGGCGGUAGACCAAAUCCCGGGGUCAAGGGCUCCGACGAAAACCUGACGCCGCAACAAAGACAACACAGAGAAGAAUCGUUAGCGCAGCUCAAUAAAAUGCGGCAGAUGCUGUUCCCGGGGGAAGCGGGUAGCCCUGGAGGUCCUUCGGGAGGUCCCGGACCUCGAAUGAUGCAGUCACACGCCCUACCAGGACCCAUGCAAGGAGGUCCUGGUAAUCCGUACGGACCCGGUGGUCCUCUCGGACCUUCCAAGGGACCUCGAGGCCAAUACCCCCCGAAUCCUCGACAAAGCGGGCCGGGUGGCCCACCGAAUCAAGGAUCACAGUAUAAUUUCCGGCCGCCCGAUCAACCUCGGCCCAUGAGCCCAGCUAUGAUGGGGCAUCCUCAGAGUCCCUAUCAAGGGGGGCCGAUGGGUGGACCUGGAGGACCUUCACCAGAUCCCUCGCAGAUGGGAGCACCGGGGAUGAAUUUCAAACCCUCGACGUCGCCGCAGCUCCAUCCUGGUCCUUCUAAUUCACCGCAUCUCACUCAGACAAAUAAAUCGAAGAACAGUAAUCCGAUGUCACCUGUAGAUCUCCCGGGCGGAAUGAUGCCUUCACCUCAGCACAUGGGUUUUAACCCAAUGGACGGGGGUCCCGGAGGACCUGGUGGGCCUGGCGGUCCUGGUCAGCCUCCGAACGAUGGCCUCAUCGGGAACGAUCCUGUGGCUCUGCUAGAGAGCUUCGAUGGCAACGGAAUGAGCCAUCCGGGCGGUCCCAUGGGGGGUCCGUCUCCGGGUCCUGGCGGCAGAAUGGUUGGUCAAGGCGGACCCCCAUACGGUGGUCCCAUUGGUCCUGGAGUACCUCAAGGAGGGUCGCGAGGCCGGACGAACGUACAGGUCCGACCGGACGCACCAAAUACCAUACAAUACCUCCCCGCCAGGAGCCAGGGACCAGGACAGCCCCCGAACGCCCAAAUGCCGCAGCAGCGAGCGCCUAGUUUAGACUUUCUACAGAGGUACACGCGGCCUGAAAUGAAUAACAUGAAAGGCAUGCCUCCCGGUGGCCCGGGAGGUCCUAUGGGGGGUCCCAUGGGCCCUAUGGGUAAUGGGCCUAUGGGGGGACCUCAAGGAGGUCCCAUGGGCGGGCCUGGAUCGAUGGCGAAUGGACCCGGUCAACCACCAAUGCAAUAUUACCCUGACCAACAGCAUCUACAGGGCCCCCCCGUUGGAAUGGGUUUCAACGGUCCACCUGGCGGUGGCGGCGGCGUUGGAGGCGGGGGUCCCAACCAGAAGAACUUCUACGGUCAGCAGAACACAACGUCUGACCCCACGUACGCCGCGCAGUACCACAACUUUCAACAGCAGCUGUACGCUACGAAUACAACAAAAGGCCUUAAAUAA